GCAAACAGUGUACGGCCACCUUAAGGGUGCUCAUACACUGUUUGACUGAGGCCAAAUAAUGUUUGCAUUACUAAAGAUUUGGUAGCUUCUUGUACCAACGAUUUUUCUGGGUGCGGAACCAGAUAAGAUGUGAGACGAUUCUAUUUUGUUUUAAUUCGUGUGGUUCCAUGAAUAUUCAUUCAAUUAAUUUUGCCGAUAGAAGAAAUCUAUUAAAAGUAAUCUGUAACUACAAUUAGAUCAGCUGAGCAUGGCCGCUGGUGAUAGUGAACCUGUACAGCAUUCCGACACCCCAACACAAGUUCUUCUGAAGCAGGGCGCAGAGGGCAAGCUAUUCCUUGGCCAGCACAAUGGUGUGCGCUGUUUAGUGAAGGAACGUUUCUCGAAAAAAUACCGCCACCCAGAUUUGGACAUUCAACUCACCCGGCAGCGUAUUAAGGCGGAACAGAAGGCCUUCGAGAGAUGCAAGGCAGCAGGCGUUACAACUCCAAAGCUUUUGGGUGUUGACUUGCCCGGUCGGAAGAUUUACAUGGAAUAUUUGGAACAGGCCAUAACGGCGAAGCAGUUUGUCGAUGAGGCUGUUCUUGAAGGCACCGCAAAUGGGGCGAAAAUUGGUAAACUAGCGGAAGAGAUUGGUCGUGUUGUGGGAAUUUUACAUGCAAACAAUAUUAUUCACGGUGAUUUGACCACAUCGAAUAUGCUGCUAGAUCCCGUGAAGCCGAAUGACGCUGACCUACCGUACAAAUUGGUGAUGAUUGAUUUUGGACUAUCCUACCACUCCCUGAACGUGGAGGACAUGGGAGUGGACUUGUAUGUACUUGAUAGAGCCCUUCUUAGUGCCCACAGUCAAAUUCCGGAGCUUUUUGGGAAGGUUCUGGAGAGCUACAAGAAACACAACAAAUUCAAACUGUCGGAAACGAUCGCCAAAUAUGAGGAAGUGCGCACCAGAGGAAGGAAGAGAACCAUGAUUGGAUGAGAUGCAUUUUUUGUUCGAAUUCAAAUAAUAAAACAAAUCUGUAACCAAUUAUAGAA